AUGCAUAAUCCCAACAGGAGAAACUUUUCGAAUAUACAAAAGAAAAAAAACGUGAACCAAAUUUUUCAAAUAAGAAAAGACAGAACUGAUCAAACUCCUUACACACACACAACAUAUAGUAGCGCGAAGCAUCCCAAUUCUAUGGUUAAUCCAAAUUUUCCAACUAAUGGAAAUAGACGAAAGGAAAUGAAUGAUGAAACUAUAUAUGGUUACAGCAACAAAGAGGUUAAGAAUACAAUUUUAGACAAGGAAAAUAUGAUAAAAAAUAAACUUUAUAACAACGCUAGCAGUGGAUUGAAGAAGAAAAAUUAUUAUGAAAAAUUAAAUGCUACCAAUAAUGAGGAAAAGGAAUUUGUUAAGCCGAAAAACACCGUUCUGAGUGAACACAUUGGUAAAAAUUACGUCGACAAAAAGUAUGGCGACAGUAACAAUUUGACGAAGGAUCGAUCCAAGUUUCGAAGAAUAGGUUACUAUAAUGAGGAGAAUAAUUUAAAAGCGAAUUCAGCGUAUGACGAUGUGAAUAAUGCCGUGUCUAGUAAGGGUGCUGUCCCAAAUAUGAGUGGCAGCGCUCCGUAUCGGAAGUUUAACGAUUUAAAAGCACCUCCAAGUGGAAGUGGCGGCCACAAGACCGAUGACCCUAUGAACAGCGCGAAAGGUGGUGCCACGGAGGGGGCACAUAGUCAGAAACAAAAUUUCGAUCCAUUUGGAAAGAAGAAUUUAAUGUACACCAAAAGUAACAAUGAUCAUAACGCGAAUUAUAACUACUCCAAAAUGAACAGAAAUCAGAACAAGUAUGGCAAUGCCGAUUUUAGGGAUCCUCCCCAGGGGACAGUUCCCAUGGGGAUAACAGGAGUAGCAAUACAGGGGGCGGUACCACCACGACAACCUCAGCCCAUUUCCUACAUGGGAAGGGACAAACUAUACCAUAAAAAUCAGAGCGAACAGAAUACUAACCCCAAUAUGAAUAACGUCAUGGGUGGAAAGGGUAUCUAUAAAAACGAUACACUAGCGCCAAAGGAUAAAAUCAUGAAUGAGGAGAAUUUUAUCGAAAAUAACAAAAUGAAUGAUAACGAUGGAGCAGCUUGUUUGGGACAUAACGAGUUCCAGAGGGAUAAAAAUGUUCCUAAUAGUAGGGGCGCCAUGAUGAACCCAAAAAAUGUAUACAAAAAAGGAACAAACCAUAGUAAGUAUAGUGACGACAUGGUUGUGGACCACGAAAGGGUGACUAAUAAUUACCCAUUGAAACAGUAUAACCCUAAUAUGAGAAGGAACCUAUAUGCCAAUUAUCCCAAUGCGUCUAAAAAUGAGAAAAAUAUGCCUCAGCAUAAAUACACCGUUGAUAAGGAUGGAAACAGAAAAAAGGAGCACCAGAAUUUUUCCCUAAGUACCAUAGACUCUAAUUAUUCUCAUCAAAAUGCUUUUGAUAAAAAGUUUGGUUCUAAAUUUGUCGACCCACAUAUGAUGGAUAGGAUGGAAGGCGUUAAGGAAAACCCAGCUGACUUUAGUGCUCGCCUGGGUGAGGCCAAAGGAGAUGGUAAAAAAUAUCCCAAAAGUUCAACUAACAAUAAUGAAAAGGGAAUUAAUUUAUCAGACACAGGUGCGCCAUUAGGCGGUAACGAGGAGGAUGAAUAUGUUGACACAGGCGAAUAUAAUCAAUACCCACAAUUGGUAGGUGUAGCCACCACCAAUAGUUGCGUGAACAAUAGUACAGGUGAUAAUAACGCUAAGCAGUCAUUUAGGGAAGGCGGCGGUAAUGCCAACUUGGGGGAGAAGCAAAGAUUUUUUGACAGGGCAGAUGUGAAUGUUCCUUCGAAAAGUUACGAAUAUAAUACAAUCGAUUCGGGGAAAGUUUCCCCAGAGUUUGGUAAUGACAAUACGAAUAUGAUGACAUGUGAGGGGAAAUCCGGCAACGUGGAGAAUGCAAAUGAUGUCGUCUCAAACGUGUCUUCGGUUAAUGUGAGUGCAGCCAACCUGGCUAGUGUCAAUAGAAUGUCUAAGGGGAAUACAGCUGGUAAUACGCACCACAAGAGAGAUAAGACUCUCCCUCAAAGUGUAAACCCGUAUGGUAGUACCCCAAAGUAUGAGGACGCCAAACAGGUUAGAAAACGUUCCAAUAAUAUGCAAGGGACGUAUAAAGGUAUGAAAGCCACGAUGUAUGAUCCUCCAAAUGGUGAGGACUACCAGAGGUACCCCUCAUCAGAGGAUUACAAUAAUAGUAAUAACCAUGUGAACAAUUUUUUUUACGAAAAUGUGAAUGACAACGAGGAGGAACUUAUGAGCGAAAAUGCGAAUGAACAUGUUGAUUUGGAUGAGAAUGAUUACAACCCGAGGAGGGAACAUAAUUAUGCGAACCGAAAAAUAAAUUAUAAGUACUACCCAGAGAGAAGUGUGAAGAGACUCCACCACGGUACCAUGAUGAAUUACGCAAAGGACAGUAAAAAAAGAGGUUCAUAUGGCACUGCGUUUAGGACUUACUCAGGGGAGUAUUACCCCGAGGAAGAAUGCACGUCCCAGAUGAACAGUGCCUAUGAGGAGUACCCGGAGGAGGACUACCCCGAUGUUUCCUACUCAGACAUGGAGAACCCUGAGGAUACGCGAAAUUACCAGCGGAGCUAUUCGCACGACUCCAAAAGCGAAAAAGGUGCGCUCACAAUCAUCAGACUACCAGCCGAGAACAAAAAACAAGUAAAAAAAAAAAAAAAGAACAUAGUUAGUAAUGGGAAGUCCUUAGUCGAAAUGUAUAGUACAGCCAUUCCGAUAAACGAACAAGUGGACCCCUAUGCAUUAAAGGCACUAUCAAAGAACGAAAACUUAAAUGAGAAAAUAUAUGCACUCAUUCCAAAGUCAGUGGUUGAGGUUAGUGAAUAUGACGAUGUUACUCAUGUUACUUUACAGUCUUCUUCUCCCCUUUUUGUUAAUCAAAAUGAUAACGUGAAGCAGCACAUUAUAACCACCGCGUAUCAUCAGAAGAACGAUGACAUUCCUAAUAUCGCGUCUUGUGUCGUUCCGGAGUCGGAUGAAUCGUUGAAAGAGUCGCUGGAAAAAUCGAAGGAGUCCCUAAGCGGAGGAGAAAACGAUAAAAAUCUGAAGUCCAUAAUCAGGGGAACGUCGCUCAGAAACAAAAGCGGAUCAUCGCUGAGCGUCAAGUUUAUGUUAUCGCAAGGAAAAAAUGAAAAUAAAAACAAGUCCCUAAAAGGGGAAGAUAGUGAGAAAGAAUUAAAUAGAAAAAUAGAAGAUCACAUCCUAUCGGAAGAAUUAAGAAAUUUAAAAAUUGACAAAAGCAUUACGGAAAAAAAAAGGGCUUCGAUAUUUGAUGAGCCGAAAACGAGACUAAGACAGGAAAAGAAAAGCGAUCCAAAUAAUAAGGUCGUUUUGGAUUCGAAUAAAGUAAAAAAUGCCACAGAAAUUAAGUUAAAGAAAAUUCAGCAUGUUACUGGGUUGCUGGAAAAAUAUGACAUACCGAACCCGUUCGAGAGUUACAGCAUGGAUCCUGUAGAUUAUUCCCAAUUGGCUGGAAAGAAUAACAGUGCAAAGUUGAUGAGCCUGGCUCACAUGGUUUCAAACAACUACUACAAGUACAUUUUAAAGAGCAUGGAAAAGGAAGAAGUUAAGGAAGUCUUCAACGAGAAGCGGAAAAAAAUGAUCCUCAAAUUGAUAGCCUUGUUAGGCAACCAAAUAAAUUCAGAAAUUAAGAAAAAGUUUUCAGAGGCCAAUGCGGCAGACACUUCCAAUGAAAGCGAACUGAAGAAGGAAGACGAUGUGAAGCCAAAAAUGAGCCCAAAGGAAAGGGAAAUAAAAGUUGAAGAACACAAUUUGAUAUGUCAGUACUGGGAAAAACAGAGCGAAUGUAUGAGCAUGCUAAUAAAGGAGUGGAAUAAGAUUUGCGAAAUUUUAGAGUCGAUAAAUGUAGACCCUAACAACAUGGUUAGUUCUCUGAUCUCCCUGUAUGGUGAAAAAACUGUCAGCGAUUUUCACCUGAGUUUCGACCAGAUAAAGGAAUCCAACAUAGAGCUGGAUGUGAACGUUGAUGACAUUUCCAUUCCGAACAUUGGGGAGCCGCCCGAGAAUAAGUUCGACCCAUCUGGACUGACCGUGGGGAGCUUGAUUCAGGACAUGAAGUGGGAUGUGGACCUGGAGUUCUCACUUAACCAAAUAAGGGAAGAAUGGAAAAAUGAAAAUAAGCAGAAUAAGAAGCUGAUACAGAAGAAGAUCGUCGAAGGAAUAAAACACAGAAUAGGACUCCUGGACUACCUGAACAAUGUAGAAGCGAACUUAAACGCAUUCGCCAAAAUAAUCGAAGGAAGGAUGAUAUCGAAUGAUGACGUGAAAAGUCAGUUGAGGUCUAUGCAGGACUUAAAUGAGGAUGGAAUUUUGUCGAAACUUUUGGAAAACUUAGAAUGUAAUAAAAUAGAUAUAAAUGCAGAUUCGUUUAGAACUCCGACGUCGUUUUUCAUUUCGCACCAUUUGCCUAUGACUAUGUGCUCACUGAGUGAUAAGUCUAAAAUGGACGACGUGGAGGAGAGGGAAGAAAAUGGAAACAGCGAUGGUGGGCAAGGUAGCCACAGUGAAGAAGGAGGCAGAAACAGUAUUUGCGACGGAAGCGGAAAUGGGAGUGGAAACGGAAGUGACAGCGGAAGCAGCAACGACAAUGGCAAGGGUAAUGAUAACCACAGUGAGCAUGAACAAAAUGAAGAAAAUGAAAAGAACUCUGAUGAAAAUAUCAGUGAAGAAAAGCAAAGCGCCAGCGAAGACAACGCGUGA